AUGGAGGAAGAGGAGAGAUAUGAGCAUUUACCUUCAUAUGAGUUUUACAACAAACUUAAUGAAAAUGUACCCGACGAAGAUAAAGAAAAGCCUAAUAAAUAUUGGAAGAGAAUAGAGCCAAUAUUUGAACCGUCAGAAUGGGUUCGUGAGAUUGUUUAUAAAUUACAGAGAAAUGUGACAUUUUUAAAUGAAAAUCGUGAUGGUGAUAAAUUAUAUGGAAAGCAUUGUUAUGAUUUGAAUUAUUGGCUAUACGAACAAGUGUAUAAAAAUUCAGGUUUAAAUGAUAAUAGUUUAAGUUUUUUUAUAACAUUAGACAUACUUUUAAAUAGCUGGGAGAAUAUGAAUGCUGAUAAAUUUAAUGGUAAUAAAGAUAUAUGUCAACCAGAUAAUACAUUAGUAGAUAUAAACUAUUUAAAAGAAAUUAAAUAUUUAGCUGAUUAUGUUGAAAAUUUUGAGACUAUUAAAUCUGCGGCUAUAGAAGAUACUAAUAAAGCUUGUAAUGUAUAUAUUGAUUAUUUACGAUCUGCAAUUCCAGCUUAUUAUGAAUGGAAUACAGUAUGUACAAUAGACGAGGAAAAUCUAUGUAAUAAAUACAUUCGAGAUUAUGAAAAAUACAACCCUAAAGGUGUAUUAUGCAAUUUAUCUGUCACUGGACUUGCAUUUGCACAGUUAUUUAAUCAAUGCUAUAAGAGCAUUGUAAAUAUAUUCAUAAAUGUAAAUAACGCGCCUGUACGAACAACAAUAAAACUUAGAAAUGGAUUAGAAACUAUAUCUUAUGGAAUUACAGAAAAUAAAGGAAGAACAUUAUCUGAAGUUGAAACUGCUAUUCAAGAACCAGCUGAUUUUCUUGCUUAUCUAAUAUAUAUUCUUAAAUCAGUAUAUAAUACAAUUAGCGAAAUAUAUAUCAAUAACUAUAAUGAUAUAAUAUUAUUAAUUGUAUUAUUUUCUGGAAUCCUAAUAACCUGUUUUGGAGUAUACAAAAUUUCUAAGAUUGUAAAAUCCACAUCCAAUGUACAAAAUAGGAGCCAAAACACACAGGCAGAAAUACCCUUAUAG